ACACACACACACGCACACACACCCAUACACACACAUGCACCCAAACUUAAUGGUACACUCUGCACGUAUCCUGGAUUGAUUGACUGAUUUCUCUGAAUCCUCCUUAGGAGGUUCCCUGCGGCGUAGAGGACUGCUCACCGGAACACUGCGUCUUCUUCUGCAACCAUGCGUUUAUUUCCCCAUGCAACACCCUGCGCUGCAAUGACAAGUGGGUUGAAUGAAGUAAAAGUCGGAUGUAGACAUAAUUCCAAGGACCAAUGAGAAGGAGAAGCAGUAUCUAGAGCUAAUGGCCAGUUUAACCUAAAUUUUGCAGAACUCUAUGGAUGGAUCUCUGGGACAUAACUGCAUCAGACGGCUGCUGGCAUGCUGUUCAACUUUGAAGGACAGUGCUGCAGUAAGGAACCUUUGUCUUCACCAGCUGCUGCAAAACUAUGCAUAGCACCUGAUUAAAAAAACCCCAACAACAACAAAUAAAAAAACUCGUAAGUAGAAGUCCUAUGCAACAAGAUAAGAGCAACAAGCUUUACAUAAGCUGGAUCUUUUCUGACCUUUUAUGUUCUGAGUGGUCAAGGACAAAGCCAAAAGGGAGAUAAUGAACCAAUCUAUAGGACUGUGUAUGCUGGACAUUACACCCCACCUUGCCAUUUUGUCUCUGGGCUAAUACUUACGCUGCUGUUUGAAUUUUCUUUGAACUCUUGAGGCCUGGACUGGAUACUGGAAUCAGUGAUCCUAAAAGAGAUGGACUGAGAACCUUGACAGGCUUUGGAUGUCAUAUCAGUUUAUAAUCAACAGAUUAUAUCAACUGACAUGCUGUGAUCAGCAGUAACAAGAACAGCCAAGCAGUACAGCAUAAAGGUUUUUUGCCUCUUUACUUUUUUCUGGGAAAAAGGAACUCUUAGCUCAUCAUGUUUCUGAACUGUGGUCAACCGUUGCCUCUGCUUAGUGACAAGGAUGUACCUCCUCGUGUUACAGAGAACUUCAUCCUGUCAGGCUACCGGUUCCCAAACUACAGCCUGAGAGACUGCUUGUUGUCGGCAUUCAGGCCUACCAAUGAAACAGGAAACUUCUGGACACACUUCCUACCCAUCUUCAUUUUUGCUUACUACUUUCUACAGAUGUUUAGUUGGGAUGGUGCACCUGAUGCCGAUGCCCCGUUCUUUUACCCAAUGUGGAACUACUUUAUUGGGGUGUUUUGUCUGCUCCUGGCCAGCAGCAUGGCCCACCUACUGAACUCAAUGUCUCUGGUCGUAAGGGAGGUUUGCUUCUUCGUUGAUUAUGGCACAAUCAGUGCCUACACAGUUGGCUCAUCAUUGGCGUACUACUACUACAUCCAUCCUCGGGCAGGGAUAGUGGAGAAAGCGGGCAGGAAUGGCUCCUAUUUGGACCUAAACCACAAGCAUAAAGGGUUUUUAUCACCUAAUGCCAUGCCGGAAUUCAACCUGUUCUUUGAGACCUACUACAUGCCAUGUGCAUGUGUUAUAGCAAUCAUAUGUGUUUUAUCCUGCUGUAACACUCGUCAGAGGUGGAGGGAGCAUCGAUACAUCAUACGGACCCUGGUUUUUCUACUGCCAUUCCUAAUCUCCUCCACACCAGUCUUCUACCGUGUCCUCACCAGAUCGCCUUACUCCACCACCACGCCUUCCUUUGCUGCCUCCACCACCAUGUCCAACUUCUUCUAUCGCCACUCUCUCUGGCUGCUGGUGUCGGCCCUGUUCAACAUCAGCAAGUUCCCAGAGAGGCUGGCCCCAGGUCGAUUUGAUAUCUGGGGCCACAGCCACCAGUGGUUCCACUGCUGCACAUUUUUGUCCAUCCUUGACGAACUUCACAUGAUCCAGGCUGAGGUGAGAGCCAUCCUGCUCAAUCCUGAUUUCCUCUUACCCCCUACCGUGCUCUCCCGCUUACCCGGACCAACCAUUGCUUCUACCUACGGAGUGAUGCUCCUCCUACAGACUACCAUUGUCUCAAUCAUUGCGUGUUUCUCCUGGCAUGCAAACUGUAUAUACGGCCCUCAAAGGGACCAGCUAAAGAAACAAAUGAAAGUCGACUAACCCAA